AUGGUGCAGCCUCAACCAGCCACUCAGGGUCUGCAGGUGACCAUGGUGCAGCAUCAACUAGCCACUCAGGGUCUGCAGGUGACCAUGGUGCAGCCUCAACCAGCCACUCAGGGUCUGCAGGUGACCAUGGUGCAGCCUCAACCAGCCACUCAGGGUCUGCAGGUGACCAUGGUGCAGCAUCAACUAGCCACUCAGGGUCUGCAGGUGACCAUGGUGCAGCAUCAACUAGCCACUCAGGGUCUGCAGGUGACCAUGGUGCAGCAUCAACUAGCCACUCAGGGUCUGCAGGUGACCAUGGUGCAGCAUCAACUAGCCACUCAGGGUCUGCAGGUGACCAUGGUGCACAAUCAACUAGCCACUCAGGGUCUGCAGGUGACCAUGGUGCAGCCUCAGCCAGCCACUCAGGGUCUGCAGGUGACCAUGGUGCAGCAUCAACUAGCCACUCAGGGUCUGCAGGUGACCAUGGUGCAGCAUCAACUAGCCACUCAGGGUCUGCAGGUGACCAUGGUGCAGCAUCAACUAGCCACUCAGGGUCUGCAGGUGACCAUGGUGCAGCCUCCACCAGCCAACCAACACUGGCAGAGGGAGGCAACAGGAGGCAAGCGUGACGGCUCCAUGAGCAGGAAGAUGAGCUCCGGGCUACUACAGCGUGGUGGUGAUCUCUCCAUGAUCACAGUAGAGGAGGUGGAGUCAUCAGUCUCCUUGCCUUCUUGA